GUGUUGAAGCUUCACCACUACUCCUAUAUAUUAAGGUCCCCAAGAGAAAACAAAAAGAUAUACUACUACUACCCAACACUUUCACAAGAUAGAGAAAAGGGAAGCUAACUAGUAGUUCGAUAAGUGGAAGGCAAAGAGCAAACACUCUCUUCCAUCCUAAAUCAAAACCAAAAGAGGUCUGUCUUUAUUCACUUUCAUUCCUCCUUCCUUCCUUCCUUCCUUUUAUCUCCUUGGCAGCAGAUCGAGCAGAGGAAGAAGAAGAAUUAUUAGCCCAACUCCUUUCACCCUUUUCUCUUCAUAUAUGUUCCCCCCUUUUCGUGAAACAAACAUGAGAUGAUUUAGGACUCAACCCGAAAGCCCUUGAAUCCCAGUCCCUUUUGGUAUAUCCCGAUACAAACGCAGUAUCGGCUCCAGGAAUUUUUCAAGCCCUCACACCAUCACAUCGACAACUAUUUUAUUGAGUUGUUCAUCAAUUUAGGGUUGUUUUCCCCUAGGCGAUUAGCUAAGUGACCUACAGAGAGAGAGAGAGAGAGAGAGAGAGGGAAGGGAAAGUGAAUUUUGGGGUGCAUAGAGAUGAUGUGUGGAAAACAGGAAGAAGAACAAGGGGACUACUCUCAAAACAUCCACAACCAACAAAAUUACCAAGAACAAUUCCUAGUCCAACAACAACACAUGCAACAACAACAACAACAGCAGCAGCAGCAGCAGCAAAACACUGCAAGUGAUGCGUACAUAGGUGAUCUCUACCCGUUCCUACCAUGGACCCUCCCUCCGGUCCACUCCUUCAACCCGGCCCGCGAACCCGACCCGUUCCUCCUCCCUCCUCAGCCCUACGGGGGUUUGCUGUUCAACAACAGGAGAUCGUCUCAACCGCCUCUCCAGUUCUCGUACGACGGUCUGAUAUCAGAGUCGCUCGGCCACGUGGUUCAGCACCCCGGCUCGGCUCCGUUCGGGCUUCAGGCCGAGCUGGGUAAGAUGACCGCUCAGGAAAUCAUGGAUGCUAAGGCCCUUGCGGCUUCUAAGAGCCAUAGCGAAGCCGAGCGGCGGCGUAGAGAGAGGAUCAAUAAUCACCUUGCUAAGCUGCGCAGCUUGCUUCCAAGCACCACGAAAACCGACAAAGCUUCAUUGCUAGCAGAAGUGAUCCAACACGUGAAGGAGCUGAAACGCCAAACCUCCCUCAUUGCCGAGACGAGUCCUGUCCCCACCGAGUGCGACGAGCUAACUGUCGACACCUCUGACGAGGACGGAAGGUUUGUGAUCAAAGCAUCACUGUGUUGUGAAGACAGGUCUGAUCUCCUGCCUGACCUAAUAAAAACACUAAAAGCCCUGAGGCUUAGAACACUUAAAGCCGAGAUCACGACGCUCGGCGGGCGCGUGAGGAAUGUGCUUUUCAUUACUGGGGAAGAAGAAGAAGAAUCCAACAGUGGGGACAAUCAUCAACAACAGCAACAACAAUACUCGAUAAGCGAAAUUCAAGAAGCACUUAAAGCUGUGAUGGAGAAAACAAAUGGGGAUGAUUCUCCUUCUGGGAGUGUUAAGAGGCAAAGGACUAAUGUGAAUAUCAUUGAACACAGGUCUCUUUGAAUUUCCUGUGAUCAUUUCUCUACCUUAAUUAUCUUCUUCUUCUUCUUUUUUUUUUUAUUUUUAUUUGUUUUAUUUUUUGUGGUGUGUUUUAUGCGUGUGGUGUGGUCUAUUUUAUAUCUACAGACUGGGAUAUGGUGGUGUGUGCAUGGUUCUGUAAUAGUAGUAUGUUUUUUCAUUACUCGUGGAAAAUACAAUAUGGAGGGGGUUUAACAGUUAAGUUUGAAGUUUAAGGGGUGUAACUGUAACUUCUCUAUUAAAUGAAGUUACAACAUGACUUCUCGUGUACUGGGCAAGUGGGCAUGUCUAUUUUGGACAAUAUUUGUCUUGCAAAUGGAGAAUCACCUCAUCCCACUUGACUUGACUUUUGACUUUUUGUUCUGGUCUUAUUAUGAAAAUAUUAUCAUAGGAAGGACUUGACU